GUCGGAGCUUCUGAUUGGCUGCCCAGGGUACUGCUAUUGAGCAGAAAUGAGAAAUCGACAUCUGACAAAACGCUAGAAUUACCUUCAUCUGAGCGAAUAUUCACCGACACGGUACGACACGAUCGUAUUUAUUAAUAUUUUCUCCGUUUAAUCAGCUGACUGUGUUUUUAGAUGCUUUCUAAAGAAAUGUUUUCACACAUCAGUCCAGCGAAACUUCAGGGAACUCUGGAGUCGUAUCACAGUCUGAAUGAAUCCGAGUGGAGCGUCUCCAAGAAAGCAAGGGACGUGAUCGUCUGGAGGAGACCUUCGGAGGAGUUCGGAGGCUUUCUAUAUAAAGCUGAAGGAAUCGUAGCAGACACUCCGCAGCGGAUCAUGGACUUCAUCCGGCCCGGGCCGCGCAGACUGGAAUGGGACAAAAUGAUCACUUCACUGGAGGUCCAGCAGACCCCAGAGCAGGGCUGCUGUGUUGUGAAGUACACCACCGCGGGGCAGCUGUGGAACAUCAUCUCUCCGAGAGAGUUUGUGGAUUUCUCCUACACCACCAGCUAUCAGCUCGGCCUGCUGUCCUGCGGUGUGAGCGUGGAGUCUGAGGAGCAGAGCUCGGGGUUCGUUCGAGGGUUCAAUCAUCCCUGUGGCUGGUUCUGUGUGCCGGAGCAGGACUCAGAGGUCAGUCUGCUGACCGGAUACAUCCAGCCGGACCUGAGAGGGAUGCUGCCGCAGACGGCGGUGGACACUGCCAUGGCCAGCGGACUGGUCGACUUCUACAGCCAACUGAGACGAGCUCUGAAAGCUUAGCUUUCAAAAAGUCACAGAUAUACCUGAAAUUGUAAAUAAUCAUCACGACACAUUUAUUACUGCACUUCCUGUUAUGUUUUUGUUCAUGUUUUGUUUAAUGUGAUUGAAAUCAGGUGUAAUUAUUCUUAUAAAAUUCUGUAAAAUUGUAAACAAAGUAUAAUUUUUUUUAUUUACUCGUAUCGUUACUUUUCUCUGUGUGACACUUUUUGUACUUUAAUACCAGCGACUAUUUGUCAUAUUUAUUUCCAUACAAGGAGGCAGUGAUAUGAGGCAGAUUGCAAUAUUAAGUUUAACAAAUGAUCAAACAUUUCUGACCAGUGGAAAUCUCUGCUCACCAAAACCUGAUUUUAGCAGGAUCCCUCCACCAUCGAGGGAAAAUGUUUGUAUUUUAGGGGCUGCAUUUUAACCACCUUUUCUAAAACACUUGUUCAGUUUUAAAUGUUCUCACAGGGUGACAAAUAUUUGCUCUUAAAAUUCAUUUAUCAUCCCCUUUAUUUCUACACGGCUUUAUAGAAUCUUUAGGUUAUCACUGAUUCUGUUAUUUUCCUGUUUAUCUCUGUUUUUUACAGAUCUGUACUGCAGAGAAUAAGGGGACAAAUAAAUUAAGAACAAAAAUGCCCAUAAACAAUGCAUAAUAAUAAUAAUAAUAAUAAAGGUGUAAUUAAAGUUUUAUGUUCAUCAAAGUCAAAUUUAUUUGAUCAAAACUACAGGGAAAAAAGUGAAUUGCAAUCAUAUUUUAUAUUAGGAUAAUAGUGUAUUUUAAUAUGCUUUAAAAUAAAAGUUAUUGCUGUAAU